UUUAUCCUGUGAGCAUCAAACUGUAUGUAAAAAUUCUACAGAAAUGGAGAGAGGAAAAGAGCAAGGAAUGGUGGUGAUGCCACAACAAAACCCACUUGAACAGUUGCAAGCAAAGUUCAAGGAAGUGGAUAACACUUUCAGGGGAUGGCUAGCCAAGCAGUCCUUACCCGUCGAGGCUGCCGUGGUUACCACCACUAGCGCCGCUCAGGGCGCUGCCAUCGGUGCUUUUAUGGGUACCCUCACCAACGAUGUCUCCUCCUCUCUUCCAACUCCUCAGGCUUCCCUCGACCUUUUAUCUCCCAAACCUCAUCGACCCCAAAGCGACCACUCCGUUCUCUUCUCCCGACGAUGAGACCUCAAGAACCCU